UUCAAAAGAGAGAGUGAGUGAGAGAAAGAGAGUGAGAGAGAAAGAGAGAGAGAGCGCUCUAUCAGUCUUUGCGGACUGGAGGCUCAAAAUAGCGGAAGAGAGUAAGGAGAGAGAGUGAGAGAGAGAGUAAUCAAUCAGCCAUGGCAAAUAUCGCUGUGCAGAGGAUCAAGCGAGAAUUCAAAGAAGUGCUGAAAAGCGAAGAGACGAGUAAAAAUCAAAUAAAAGUAGACCUGGUGGAUGAAAACUUUACAGAGUUAAAAGGAGAAAUAGCAGGACCACCAGACACACCGUAUGAAGGAGGCAGAUAUCAGCUAGAAAUCAAGAUCCCUGAGACAUAUCCCUUUAAUCCACCCAAGGUGCGGUUUAUCACGAAGAUCUGGCAUCCCAAUAUAAGUUCAGUUACCGGGGCGAUAUGUUUGGAUAUUUUAAAAGACCAGUGGGCUGCUGCUAUGACACUGCGAACAGUUCUCCUUUCACUACAGGCUCUGUUAGCUGCCGCAGAGCCAGAUGAUCCACAAGACGCCGUGGUAGCCAACCAGUAUAAGCAAAAUCCAGAAAUGUUCAAACAGACCGCUCGACUCUGGUCUCACGUUUACGCUGGUGCUCCUGUGUCCAGUCCCGAGUACACACGCAAAAUAGACAAACUUUGUGCAAUGGGGUUUGACAAAAAUGCAGUAAUAGUAGCUUUGUCCUCAAAAUCGUGGGAUGUGGAGACGGCAACAGAGCUGCUACUAAGCAACUGAUCACCCAGUUCUCUUCAUCAGACCAUAUUUCCCCCAUCACAGUCAACUCACCCAUACAUACAUCAUCUGUCUAGGUUUGUGUUCAGAGUGAGAGUUUUGAAAGGUCGCAGAGGCAGCAGAUUAGAGACUAUUAGAACUUGGCCUCCUCUGUCUCUUAUAGCAAAUGUUUUUGUCUUUUCUCCCCAUGUUUUCUUUUUUUUUUGCCUUGCUACAAUCAUUUACCUCUUCAGAUUUAGGCUGUUUCAAGAAUCCCAAGCAAAGGCAAAACCUGUAUCAUUGUCAUAUCACACUAAAAAGAAACGAAAGAACAUCCACUUGCAUCUGUGAAGCAAUGUUGGUACAUGUAAAUUAGUGUAUUUAAGGUGUGCACAUCUAAAAGGAAAAACAGCAGGAAUGUUAUUUUUUCAAGUUUUUUGCGAUAUGCUUUUCUGAAUGGGAUAUUUAGGAUUUAAACAAAUUUAAAAAAUUAA